GUUCGGCGUCAAAACAUUAAACAACAGGCGCGCAUCAUCCAAACUGCCGGCUGAAUUUUACAAUGAUUUUAACUGUUGUUAGCUGACAACGGAAAGCGAAAUAGUUUCUUUUUAUUUCCUCCUGCUUCGGGGCGUGCUUCCACCAUGGCAGGCCCUCUGCUGGAGUUUGAGACCGAAAUGUUUCUGAACCUUUUCAGCAGUGACGGGUUGCUCGUGGUGGCGGAGGGGAUGGGGAUAGAUCGCAUUCUGCUGCAGUUCAUGCGGGUCUACUCGGAACAAGGCAGCCUGGUCCUACUGCUUAACACUACCACCCCCGAACAGGAGUAUUUCACGGAGCAGUUGCGAGUGGAGGGUGUGACCCACUUGCCGAGGACGGUGACCAGUGAGGUCCAAGGCACCGAGCGGUACAACGUAUACACCGAGGGAGGAGUCUUGUUUGUCACCAGCAGGAUCCUGGUGGUCGACUUCCUCACCGACCGCAUACCUGCUAAUCUUAUAUCAGGGAUCCUGGUGUACCGCGCUCACAAAAUCAUCGAAUCGUGUCAGGAAGCAUUCAUCCUGCGACUGUUCCGACAGAAGAACAAGACGGGCUUCAUCAAAGCCUUCACUGACAAAGCCACAGCAUUUUCUUCGGGCUUCUGCCAGGUGGAGCGUGUGAUGAGGAACCUCUUUGUCAAGAAACUAUACCUUUGGCCCAGGUUCCAAGCGUCAGUAAACACAGCAUUAGAAAAACACAAACCUGAUGUGGUGGAGCUCCAUGUGUCACUGACUCCUUCCAUGAGGGCCAUUCAGAGCUCCAUCCUGGACAUCAUGGGCGCCUGUCUGAAGGAGCUGAAACGUUACAAUCCCACCUUAGAGGCGGAGGAUCUCUCCUUGGAGAACACGCUGAGCAAUGCCUUUGAUAAGACCAUCCGCCAUUACUUGGACCCCUUGUGGCACCAGCUGGGAGCUAAGACCAAGGCACUGGUCCAGGACCUGAAGAUGCUGAGGGUUCUGCUGCAGUACCUCACCCAGUACGACUGUGUCACGUUCCUCAAUCUGCUCGAGUCCCUCCGCUCCAGCCAAAAGAACUUUGGCUCCAACUCAGGGUGGCUCUUCUUGGACUCCAGUACAUCCAUGUUUGUAAACUCCAGGUCCAGAGUGUACCACAUCCCAGAAAACAAGAAGAAACUUAAAGUCGGCGCUGAAGCGGAGAAAAAACAGCCACCCACUGUUUCAGAGGUGAAGCGAGUACUGGUGCUGGAGCAAAGCCCAAAGUGGGAAGCUCUGACUGAGGUCCUGCAGGAAAUUGAGAAAGAGAACAAGAACUCCCAGCAUGAGCCAGGUCGCGUUCUCAUCUGCGCCAGCGAUGACAGGACUUGCGCUCAACUGCAGCAGUACAUCAGACACGGCGCCGAGUGGCUCCUGAACAGACUGUACAGCCGCACCGUCGGCAAACAAGACCCGUCGAACGCCUCUGCUUUUGAGUUGGCGAAAUGUAAAAAAGACAAGGGCUUUCUCAAAGGCGGCUCCAAAGGAAAAAAUGGAAGGAACACCAGAGGCACUGAGCAGAAAAAGAAACCGGGCAAAGCCAAAAGCAGACCCUCUCUGACCUUGACUCAGAUGAUCGGCAAAGAGCAGACAGUUGUCGAAACGGCGGUGAUGGGCAGCAGUGAGGAUGAGGAGGACUUUGGCGUAGAAGAUGAAAUGGCGGAGGAAGACGCUCCAAAGUUGGACUUGUCAUCGGACGCUUACUACGCCGUUCUGAAGGAGCCUCUGAUGGUCAUUCACCCGCUGAGGGGCUGCACGGACCCACACAGCCUGACACGGGUGCUCCAUGAGGUGGAGCCCAUGUUUGUGGUGCUUUACGACGCCGAAGUCAGCUUCGUGCGACAGCUGGAGAUCUACAAAGCCUGUCGACCUGGAAAGCCGCUCAGGGUGUACUUUCUCAUCUAUGGCGGCUCAACAGAGGAACAAAAAUACCUGACCGGGCUGUCAAAGGAGAAGAAAGCUUUUGAACAUCUCAUCAGGGAAAAGGCAACCAUGGUCAUCCCAGAGGAGAGGGAAGGCCGAGAAGACACCAAUUUGGACCUCGCUAGGAAUUUAGAGCCUGCUAAUGCCACCACCAACACUCGCAAAGCAGGAGGUCAAGAUCAGCCUAAAGAGCCCUCGCGAGUCAUCGUCGACAUGCGCGAGUUCCGCAGUGAGCUUCCCUCUCUCCUCCACCGCCGCGGCCUCGACAUCGAGCCCGUCACUUUGGAAGUCGGCGACUACAUCUUGACUCCGGAUAUCUGUGUGGAGCGCAAGAGCGUCAGCGAUUUGAUCGGCUCAUUGCAGAGCGGCCGCCUCUACACCCAGUGCCUGUCCAUGAACCGAUAUUACAGGAAACCCGUGUUGCUCAUCGAGUUCGACCCGGCCAAGCCCUUUUCUCUAAUGGCCCGCUCGGACUUCCGCCACGAGAUAUCGUCCAAUGACGUUUCCUCAAAACUCACCUUGCUCACGUUGCAUUUCCCACGCCUCCGCAUUCUCUGGUGCCCCUCGCCGCAUGCCACGGGCGAGCUUUUUCUCGAGCUGAAAAAAGGUCGCAAUGAGCCGGACGCCGCCGCGGCUCAGGCGGUCACAGCCGAAUCAGACGCCGUGGCCGAAUCGACCGAGCUUUACAAUGCCGGGCCGUACGACUUCUUGCUCAAGAUGCCGGGAGUCAACGUGAAAAACCUUCGAGCGCUCAUAAGAAAUGCUGACAGCUUGGCAGAUUUAGCCAAACUGAGCCAGGACAAGCUAGCAGAAAUACUUGAGAAUGCAAAUAACGCCAAGGCGCUUUAUGAAUUCUUGCACAAUGUUGCAGAUGUUCAACCUCCACCGCAAAAGACCAAAUGACUUCCUAAUAUAGACUUUUUAAAAUGCAUUUUUCAUUACACAUUAUGAAGUAUAUUCGUGCAAGUAUAAAUAAUAAACUAAAACAUUCAACUGUU